UUACACAUAUUUCUGAGCCAUUCUCAUUGCAGAUGGCGUUUGCAGUUGGCGUCCUUUUGAACAUAAAAUCGUAUAUCACUCUGUUACAUCAUAUGUAAUAUUUUUAUUUCGACCAGUCAGGCGAGCACCGCUGGUAUGCUACCACAACGGCUACCACGCACGGACGCUCCGUUUCCACUGUUCCCACGCACACUGUAGAACCAGAGUGAAUAAAUAGAGUGACGCAGAGUCUGAAACCAGAAGAACCAAACGAACACUGCAAAGUCGGGUGUUUUCGUCAAUGAAAUAGUCUGCUGGGAGGCAACAAAAAUCCAUCCACUGUUUCCUCACAAUCGGAUUCUUCGGGAACCGAAAAAAACUCACAUUCCUUACUGUUUUUUGUUAUUACACAAAACGCACUUCAUUUUAUCUAUCUCUAUCAAACUUUAUCAAACGAACUUGUUUUAAAUUUAAAUACAAUAACUAUCUUUUCACUCUGACAAUAACAACACUCCGUUGAAGUCAACUGGAACUUGAGCAAAAAGGGGCUGCCAGAAAAAUAUUUUGGUGGAUACAUAAAAAACCGUGUUGCUGUUUUGACUGAAUUUCUCUCUGCGUCACUCUAUCUAUUCACUCUGUGUAGAACUAGUGUAGGUUUCGUAUAGGAUAGAAACGUCAACAUAAAUCAUUCUACAUCGUCCGCCAAAGAGUCAACACCUAAAAUAAAAACCUGAAAGUGAAAGUGAAAAUUGUUAAAGUCAAAAUAUAUUUUUUUUAGUUUACAAUGAACCCGCAAGAUGAAAUAGCAACAACAUCAUCAGCUAUCGAAAACCCAAUGCGUCAUAUACCCAAGCAUGAUGUUGCUGUUUUUGGUGUGUCUUCUGAUUUGAAUGAUAUUAAUUUACCAACCGAUCUGGAUAUCUUGAGAUAUUAUUUUUACUUAAGCGAACGUGCAAAAACAGAACAAAAAAAGUUUUCUUAUAAACAAUUCUCUAAUCACGUAACAGAUAGGUUGGUUGGAAUUUGGGAAAAACUUGGUAUGGAAAUAAUUUCAAAAAAAUAUGUUGCUGUUAAAUUGAAUAGAUUGGUUGACAAAUACCAAGCCGAAAUUAAGAAGACGAAUAGAGACCUUUUAGUGUUUACCGGUACUCUGAACGAAAUUUUUUAUAUUGGAGCAUGUAAAUGCGAUUUGACGGCAGCUCAAUGUAACUGCGGUUUGGUUCCAGAACGCCUCAAAGAGUUUAUGCACGAUCAACAUAAACAGAGAAGACUGAUGGAAAUUGAAGAGCAAGGGACAUCGUCAUCAAUGCCAACAAUGCCAACAUACGAAGAUCCCGAUGAUACAACAUACGUAGACGUACCGAUGACGGUUGAUGAAGAUGUUAUGAAUAGAAGCACAAGUUCACAAUACACAGAAAGACACGAUUGUUUUAACUUUGCCUUGAUGUGUGACAGAUUUGGUGUGUCUGAUAGAGUAGCGUCAGCAUUGGCAACCAGUCUUUUCAAAGAUUUUGAAAUGAAAGAUCAGCAUGGCGAACCUCUCAUCAUGGAUAAAUCGAGAGUUCGUAGAGAAAGAGAGAAAUGCAGACGAAUAGUGCUCCGCAAAAGGUUUGAUGAUUCCAGUUUAAUAGCGUUUUCAUUCGACGGCAGAAAAGAUGAUACUUAUACGAGAGAAAAAAUUGAUGGUAAGUUUCAUAGUAGGAUGGUAAAAGAACCUCACCUUGUUAUUUUGAGAGAACCGAAUUCUCGAUUGAUUGGUUACGCAAGACUGGUAGAGGAAAGUGCUGAAUACAAAACAACAAAAUUGAAUGAAUUUUUCAACGAUAAAAACAUAUCUCUGGAUGCAUUGAUUGGCAUAUGCACUGACGGUGAGCCAACAAACACUGGCACACACGGUGGAAUUAUACGAAGAUUCGAAUUGCUGCUAAAAAGACCAUUGCAUUAAUUUGUUUGCCUUCUACACUUCAACGAACUUCCGUUUCGACAUUUGUUUGGGGUUUUGGAUAAAUCAUCCACCACUGGACCAACAUCAACAACCGGGAAACUAAGCAAGCAAAUUGAAAAUUCUGAAGCUCUUCCGGUGGUGAGCGACUUACAGAGAAUUGCGUUGGAAAAUAUGCCUCCUGUUGCAGAACAGCACGAAUAUUCCACCGAUUCGCAGUACUUAUACGACAUGGCACAUGCAAUUUCUAAUGGCGUGGUUUCUGUGGAUCUGGCUAACAUAAAACCAGGGAAAAUU